AUGCAUAUUUUACACUCAUUUCUGACUGAAUUUCGCUGCCAACAUAAUACCAAACCAAGAACAGCAACAGCUAAUGAACGCAGGGGGUCAAAGAACACAUCUUGUCCAGCAGGCCUGAGUAUUGUUGUGAAAGUCAGCACCUUUGAAAGGUCAGACGGGAGAGUAAGGAUGUGCAGGUCAUCUGAUCCUCAUUUGCCUGAUCAUCCGAUGGUUGUGAAAUUCAAGUCCACACAUAACCACUUAUUGAGGUCUGCAGAUGCUUUGAAGCAUAGGGAUGUGAGUGAAGACGUUAAGGAAAAGUUCCUGGAUUUGUUUAGUAAGGGCUACACUCCUUCAAAAGCACUGGCACUGCAUAAAUACGAUCUUCAACUCCAGCACAAUGACAACUACAUUUUCGUCAGUGCCGAUAGAGCCAUCACACCUGAUUUGCAUUACACUUACAGGUUAUAUUACCAGACGUUCAAAAAGGAGUAUGGUGAAGCCAAGGGAGAAUUCGUCCUGAAAGAGUUGGAAAGGAGAAUCGAGGAUGGUUCGCUCGGGGAUGGUGUAAAAUUGUCCCUUGUUGGGCCAGAAGGAUCACAAGCUGCCAUCGCCAUAGUUACACCACUAAUGAGACGCGUCCAUAAGCUAAUUAAACAUUCAGCCGAAUUGGUGUUCGUUGAUGCCACUGGGAACAUGGACCGCCAAGGAUGUAGAGUUUUUUUGCUCUUGACCCACAGUUCUUGUGGAGGACUACCACUUGGAGUACUAAUUACAACCAGUGAAAGCACAGAAACAGUGACAGAGGCACUGAAUUUGUACAAUUCAUUAUUGGAUGACAGUGCAUAUUUUGGGCGUGGGAAGUCUGCGCCUGAGCUCUUCAUGACAGAUGACAGUACGUCGGAACGGCAAUCACUUCAUGCUGUCUACCCUAAUGCCACUCUACUCCUUUGUGUCUUUCACAUACUUCAAGCAUAUUGGCGUUUCUUGUGGGAAGCUAAGAAUGCAGUUAGGAAGGAAGACAGGCCACAUCUGUUUUCUUUGUUGAAGGAUAUGGUGUACUGUGACACUGUCGAAGCAUUGGAGGCAAAGCAUGAGGAAAUCAUGAAUGAUGAAACCUUGGAGAAAUAUGCAAAUGUACAUAAGCAUUUGGAGGACAUCUAUGCCAGAAAGAUGACUUGGGCUGUGUGUUACCGAGCUGACCUGAACAUUCGUAACAAUAACACAAAUAACUUCGCAGAAUCUGCCAUGCGCAUAAUGAAGGAUCAGAUCCUUGAGAGGACCAAGGCCUAUAAUGUAAUCCAGCUGGUGGACUUCAUUGUCACAAGGCUGGAGACGUAUUAUGAACGACGGCUUAUCGAUGUCUGCAACAACAGACUUGACAGGGUGCUCCAGUCUCGAUUUCUGCCAAGUAUUGCCUCUGGAUCUGAGAUUGAUCCCAACAAAAUCGUGAGGUUUGAGGACAGUCAGAGUGUAUUCUUCGUUCCUAGUGAGACGGAUGAUACAACAACAUACAUGGUUGAUACUGCUCUCGGUGUGUGUGAUUGCAGGAAAGGAAUGACAGGUGGCCCAUGUAAACAUCAGUACCUAGUUGUCAAGAAGUUCAAUAUCCAAUGCUGCUGGAACUUCAUUUCUGCCAAUGAUAUAUCAAUGAGGAAACUGUUGUACGAGGUGGCUACAGGCUGUGCAAAUGCCCCAGAAGAAUGGUUUCUGUCUUUGAACCAUCAAAGUGGAGAAGAGCAAGCAGAAACCAACUUGAUAAUGGAGUCCAUAAGCAAUGCAACAUAUGAAAAUGAUGGUGCUGAUGACGACAACAUGGACUCGAACGAUGGGGUAAACAGAAAUAAAGGAGCUGUCUGCACAGAUGUUGAGAUUUCAGUCAAUGGACAUGAUGCUGUUACCAAUCCACGGCUAGCAAGUUUACACUUGCAACGCUUACUUCAAAACCAAUUUGAUACACGUGGUUGCACAUCAAAAUCAAGCACCAAGGAGAACGGAAGUGACCCAAUACUCAAUGAGCUAAACAAGGCAUUUCUUGCUUUACAGCAAAGCUACAUAGGAGACAAAGAAUUCCUUGGAGGACCAGUACAGAAAUUCACCAAGAAACUUCUGGAACUAAAUUCUGGAACGAAUACUGGGUUAGCUUCCGCGCUUCACUGCUUUGGCCGUUACUCUGGGGUGGCAGGUGCUCUGGGCAAGAAGAAAAAAUCUCUUGUUAGUAUGAAGAAGAUAGGUGUCCAGCCGACUGCAUUGGCAAGGAGGAAGAUGGUUGCCGGUGGCAGACACCGAAUAGGUGCUGGCAGACCAUCAAAGGACUGUUGUUUAAGUAGGAAGGAAGCUGUGCCGUUCAGUUCCCAGCGUGUGCCUACAUGCAGACGCAAAGCUCAACACAAUAUUAGUGAAUGUGUAAGAAAUAAUCAAUCGCUUGGCAAAACACAUUCUUCAAAGUAAUGGAAAAGCUCUACAGUGCGUAUCC